UUUGGAGAAUCGUGACACCCCUAAUAAUCUUCUACUUAUAAUUACUAAAUGAUUAAAAUGGGCUACAUGGAAUCAUAAACGCAUUAACAACUUUCCCAUUGCCAGAGGAAGUUCUGCUUUGUGGUGGCUCUUUAUUUUCAACCCUGCGUCGCUCAAGCGUGAAAUGUGACACGAUGAAUGUGCCUGAAACAAAGCGAGAUGAAGAAAGAAGCAAACGAUAACACAAUGGAGAGUUUUUAUGCACAAUCACUCAUUUCUCCAUUACCGUUCCAUCAAUCUCAAAUGACCUGGGGGCCAAUUAGCACCAAGUCUGCUUAACAGGGGGCCAGUCUAAAAAAAAUGAUAUCGUGAUAAAGAUAUUCAUGAUGAUAUUUCACACAAUUUCUAAGUAAAAGUGUUCGAUUUGAUGUGGAAUGAUGGCAAAAUAUAUCUAUUAAUAUCUAAAGUACCAAAGUACCACAUUAAAUGUAUUCAGUAAGUAAGUUAAGCAAAUAUUUGAGAGAAAUUAAAUGAUAUAUGAUGAUUAAACAGCAUGAAUGAGAGUAUUGAGCAUCAGUGAGACUGAUACUGGAGCAGGUUGUGUAGGUUAACAUGCACAAAGCAACAAAUGCAACACCUUUCAUAAAAACAAUGAGAGCAAAGCCACUGUAAUUUCCCAUUUAGCAUUGACUGUUAGACCACUUCCGAUACAUCAGAAACUUAUCUGAGAGCCACCAAUUUGUGAUCUGUCAGAGCUGAAUGUAUGUGUGUGUCUCAGCAGUGUGUCUUUUUGAGAAAUGUGAGCACGAUGCAAAAAGCCUUCAUUCUUUGUCUGUUUUUUUGGAAUUAUUCCACCUCUGUCUCACAAAACAACCAACUGGACGUCUUGCCGGGAUGUCGAGCUGUGAUACCAUGUCAACGUCAGAGAAGUGACUCUGACACUUUCAAAUGGUUUUACAAGAAGAACGAUCACAGUCACGAAAUCAAGAUCUUUGAACAAAAUAAGCACGGAAUGCUAAUCCAUUCUUCCUCUCAACCCAGAAAGAGUCUCACGUCAAAACAUUCCUUGGUGAUCUCUCAUUUUAAGGAAGAUGAUCAAGGCCUGUACAGGUGUGAGAGCUGUUAUCAGAACAAAUGCAGCCGUGAACAGGCCACAGUCGUCAGUGUCAUGUUAUCUUCUUUUAUUCCCCCAGAAAUUCAGAAUGUUAUCCAGAAAACAAUAUAUGUGACAGCCGGCAGCACUUUUACACACGAAUGUCCUGGUGAAUUGACAAAGUCAGACUGGAGUUUCGAGGCGAGUAACGCGACAAUCUCAUCAGCAAAACUGAAAACUCUGACUUCAAACAAGUCUAUACGUAUUAGAAAUGUCACAAGAGCCGAUGCUGGGAAAUACACCUGCUGGACGAGCAGAUGUGAUGGAUACAGACAGAAACUACUCACAAUCAACCUGUGCAUAGUAACUGUUCACCAGAGAGAGGAUUCGUCUAUUUCUUGUGCUGUAAUAUGUGAUGAGGAAUUCAGUGACCUCAAAUCCAACAACAUGUCAAAUGUGGACACAAGCACAUGGACCACAUCACUGCAUUUAGAUGUGCAUGGGUCUUUAAACUGCACUGGAAAUGGCACCCAACCAUCAAAUAGGCCUACUUCACCAGAAUCAAAAUUUCUGUCUCCUGUCGUCUAUGGAACAUCAGCCGCGGCUGCAUGUCUAAUUCUCGUCAUAGUUUCAGUGCUCUACUUCAGAACAAGGUUGUGGGCAGGUUUCACUGAGUGCUGCUCUGGCUCUGCCACUGAUGACAGGGUGGAGGAGACCCAUGUGAUUUAUUCAUCACUUAUCAUCAGGAAACCUGUCAGGACAACAAGCAGUCACAUGGCUGACAGUGAUUGUGUGUAUAGUGUGCCUACACACAGGGAUUAAAUCCACGUUUUAGACCAAGCUGCUGUGUAAAAUCUUUAGAUUUUGAUUGAUCUGACCUUAUGUACAUGUCCCACAAGAUAAGACAUCUCAUCUUUGUGAUUGACGUUGAGGCCACAUUAGGUCCUGACUUAUUAUUGAUCAUUUUAAAUAUGAUAUUACGUCCCACCUCCUCCAUAUUAUCAGUAGCAGUAUUUUUUUUUUGCUAUUAAUUCAUUUUUCUGAGUUUUUUUUUUUGAUGAUUUCAUGUUUAAAAGUUGUGUGCAGUGUCUUAAAAUGUGAGGUGAGAUUAAAUGUCUUGGUCACCAUAUUGCUUAUUAUUUAUCAGAAAACUGUUGUAAGAUGCUAAAGAUAAUAGCAUUCAUUGUCAUGUUAUAUGCUGCCCGCUGGUGGCGCUCUUAUAGAAAAAGCAACAUGCAGAGAGUUGAUGUGGUGUCAUAAUGAUGGCAAUACAGUGAAUUGUUUGGAAGUGAUGAAAGGUAAUUACAUAUAGCAUAUAUUGAUUUGUAUGUGCAGAAAACAACGUGUUCUUAUAUAUUAAUUGUCUUAAACUCUUUUAUUCAUUAAUAUUGUUUACUAUGCUGUUAUUUUACUCUAUUCACUUUUAAUCUUGUCUUCUUUGUUGUUAACUACUUGUCUUAAAUUUGUUUUGCAAUAAAGCACUCAUUGUAUGAAUAAAUCUAAC